AGCGACACACAGACACCAAUAUGGCAAAAACUUAUGAUUACCUCUUCAAACUGCUGCUGAUCGGGGAUUCGGGAGUCGGCAAAACCUGUGUUCUGUUCCGAUUCUCAGAAGAUGCCUUUAAUUCAACAUUUAUUUCAACAAUAGGAAUUGAUUUCAAAAUAAGAACGAUAGAACUGGAUGGUAAAAAAAUAAAACUCCAAAUAUGGGACACAGCCGGCCAGGAACGGUUUCGAACAAUCACAACGGCCUACUACCGGGGCGCUAUGGGUAUAAUGCUGGUUUACGACAUCACAAAUACAAAAUCGUUCGAUAAUAUCCGAAAUUGGAUACGAAAUAUUGAGGAGGUGAGUGGUACUUCGCAGCACGCAUCGGCAGACGUAGAAAAGAUGGUUUUAGGAAAUAAAUGCGACAUGAACGACAGACGCCAGGUAUCGCGAGAACGUGGUGAACAGUUAGCCGUAGAAUAUGGGAUCAAAUUUCUGGAGACGAGUGCUAAAGCUAGCAUCAACGUAGAGGAGGCAUUCUUCACGUUAGCGCGAGACAUAAAGGCUAAAAUGGAUAGGAAAAUGGAAGCAACAAACCCUCCAAAGAACCAAGGUUUUCAACCAAAGAAGACUGAUUUGAGCUCAAGUAGAAAAUCAAGCUUUUGGAAGUCGUGUCAGCUACUCUGAUUGGUCAAAACAAGAGGAUCUAUUUGUUACAAGCAUUCUCAUUGGUCCAUUCAAGAAGUCUGCUGUAGCUUCUGUCGUUUACCAACUUUGAUUGGUCAAUACAAUUGAAGCUUUGUAAAAAAGCAUUUGAGUUGGUCAAGGCAAGAUAUCUUAACCCAUUCUUAUUGGCCAGCCCUAAAUUAGCAUUUGUAACAAGCUCUCUCAUUGGUCCAUUUCCUGCAGAAGUUUCAGCAGAUAUCCAAUCGGGGGAAUAACAAUGGCAUCAAAAAUAUUGACCCCUUGUAUAAUUUUAUAUAUAUACUCAAUGUUUUGUUCUGACGACACUUGGUAAUUCCUUUAGGUUGAGUUGGUCACAUGACUUGGCCUGCUUAUAAUAAUUUAUGCGGGGCCCGGGUGAGGUUCAACCAAUGGCAUUCCUGGCAGAUGAAAAUAUGAAUGGCAUUGGCUUGUAGCUAAUUUUAUGGGCUCCCCAUUUAUAUUAUAGGCUGAUUAUGGCUAAAGUUAUGCAUCAUGCUGCCUUUAAAACAAAAUUCUAUCAGUCUAAACACCCAAUCAGGACAGUCUUAAUGGUGUUGAAUAUUCAUAGACUUGUGUCCUGCACAUGUAUAUUCUAAUUAACCCACAAGUCUGGUAGAAGGCUGACUUGUGGGGAUUUUAUCUGUGAAAAUAUUGCAAUAUUUAAGAAUUAAGAAUGCAAAAUGUCAUUUUCUAUUUGAGAAAUCUUGAAAUGUGAAAUUUUAGCUUGUCAUGGAAUGAAUAAAUGCAAUUUGAUGAUGUUUUUGUGGAAAAUUGUCUCAAAUGAGUGCUUAACCUAUACACCCUUAAAAUACUAAAUGAGGUGUUCCAGUAAAUUACCUGGAGUGGUCUAUGCAGAGAAUUAGGGGUGAGAAGGUGUAAGAAUUGGCAAAGCUAAUUGAAUACUCUGCAUUAGUUUGAGCUACAAACGUGGCCGGGUAUUUCCACAGUAAUUAAGCUUAGCUUUUAAUUAGUCAUCACCAGUGUUCAUCAUUGUUUGUGUUGUUACCAUGGCAGCAUACUUGAGAAUUAACUAUCGCAAACAUUGUUGUUGCUAUGGAAACCAUACUAUUUUGAUAAGAAAACGUAUUCAGCUCUGGAUUAGCAAUGAAAUGUUUGCCUGUUUUUCUGACCAAAAAUGAACAAUUGUUAGUUGUUGCAAUGAAUUUAUAAUACUGGGAUAUUCAUGGCUUGUGUAGCAACUUAAUAUGACCUAUUUAUUUUGGUUGUUGUCAUGGAAACCAAAAUCUUAGCAACCAGUAUUAACGGUUGCUAUGGCUGUAAAAUAAUCAGUGCUUGUUGCUUCAGCAGUGGAAACUGUUAGUCACCGCGACUGAGAACAAUAUUUCAGUCACAUGGAAAAGCUAUAUAUCGCCUGUUGCCAUGGUAACUAUAACUGGUGCUGUGUUUCCAUGGAAAUCUGCUGUUUCCAUAGCCUGUAAGAUGGGAUGAAAUUGGUCCAAAGUUGGGUAAAACUGUGUUAAUUCUCUCCACCCUUAAUCCAGAACAUUCUGUUUUAACUGAAUCAUAGGACACCAAAAAUGUUUUAACUCGAUUUCGGGACACAGGACAGUUUCAGCCUCGCUUUAUGGUAUGCUUUUAUGUUUAUGAGUUAAUAAUGUGAUUGUCUUAACCAGUGCACCAACUUGUAUGAUUCCCCAAAAGUGACCGAGCGAUUUAAAAAGAGCCCUUCAAAAUGAAAUGCUCUGGGAGUGAAAGGGUUAAAUGAACGUCGGCACCUAAGGUCUGUUACCGUGGGAUGAUAGGCAAGAAACUCUUGUUGCUAUGAAUGUGUAUUUUCCAUAGCAACUGUUGCUAUGGUUGCUUUUACCUUAGUUAUUGUCGCUAUGGUUACAAAUCAUCUUAGUUACUGUUGCUUUGGUUGUUAUUUUCAUUAGUUUCCGCAACAUUGUGCUUCUUGUUGCUAUGGUUUCAGUGCUGGAGAAAAUUACGCACAUCUGUUCUGUGUGGUCGUUUGAUGGUCUUCAAUGAUGGAGCAUUUGUAGUCAGAAAAAAAUCUUCUUCGAAAAAGAAAUCAGAAAAAUUGUGUCAGGUUCUUGAUUUGCUGAAAACUUUGAGAUUAGGGGUUAAAGGCCAAGUGUGUCUGAUUGAAAUUUAACAUUUAUUAUUUGAAUUUGAAAAUAAGUGUCAAUGCUGUUGUGUACAUUGGUGUACAAACAAUAUCCAUGCCAGCUUUCUUUGCCCUGGCUUGUGAGUUGCUGCUCUGUUUCAAUUAGGGUUGAAUUCAGAUUUUUGGUGGACCAUGUGAAACAGCUUUCAGAAUUGGCUUGGCCUUCAUCAGUGAUUGGAAUAGAAAGCUUAGAAAUUCGAUUUUGUAAAUAGGUAUUGAAUUUGCUGAUAUCCAGGCACGACCGCGUACUUGUUUGAGAAGACUGGUACUUGUUUGAGAGGACUGGUACUCGUUUGAGAGGACUGGUACUUGUUUGAGAAGACUGGUACUUGUUUGAGAAGACUGGUACUUGUUUGAGAGGACUGGUACUUGUUUGAGAGGACUGGUACUUGUUUGAGAGGACUGGUACUUGUUUGAGAGGACUGGUACUCGUUUGAGAGGACUGGUACUCGUUUGAGAGGACUGGUACUCGUUUGAGAGGACUGGUACUCGUUUGAGAGGACUGGUACUCGUUUGAGAGGACUGGUACUUGUUUGAGAGGACUGGUACUUGUUUGAGAGGACUGGUACUUGUUUGAGAGGACUGGUACUUGUUUGAGAGGACUGGUACUUGUUUGAGAGGACUGGUACUUGUUUGAGAAGACUGGUACUUGUUUGAGAGGACUGGUACUUGUUUGAGAGGACUGGUACUUGUUUGAGAAGACUGGUACUUGUUUGAGAGGACUGGUACUUGUUUGAGAGGACUGGUACUUGUUUGAGAGGACUGGUACUUGUUUGAGAGGACUGGUACUGGUUUGAGAAGACUGGUACUUGUUUGAGAAGACUGGUACUUGUACUGCCUGUUAAAUAGUCUGGGAUGAUUGCAUAGCUUGUGAGAUGUCUUUGUACUUAUAAAUGUAAACUUCCUGUAAUUGGGUUUCGCAGAAGGGUAGAGUCUUGACACAUGUCAGGGUAAAAAAAGAACUUUUGACGAGUGGGGAGGGGCCCCUGUCCCACUAUCCCAUCAUAAAAUAGGCCCUGUCACGAGUCCUGGCAGGCAGUUGGGGCAAAUCCUGAUGUAAUUAUUUGCCCCUCAAAAACUUUCCUGAUUCCUGCUGGAAUAUGGGUGUGAAUCCUGCAAAUCUCUGCCGUUUUUGGUCUAUUCUGGUUUCACAUACAUAUAGAAGAUCACUCCCCCCGUUGAUUAAUUAAGUGAACCUCGGUCCAAAUCAGCUGCGCAUGUAUUGUGAAAUUCCCACAUUAUUUGGUCCAAUUUUGAUGUUUAAGAAUCACCCUGUAGAAUAUUCAAUUCAGUGAAGGUUUUGAAAUACUAAGGGCAUUUUCACUAUUGUUAACCCAGAAUUAUGUUAGAAAUUAAUCCCAAUUGGGCAAAUUAUGCAACACCCAUCAAUUGGCAUUACUGUUACUGAAUAUAAGGCUGAAAUUAUUCAGAAUAAGUCACACCCCUAUAUUAUGGCUUUGUGCUGAGAGUACAUGUAUAACAUACUGUUCUCUUAAAGGACUAAAUUGGAAGGUUCUAUUAUAGUGAGGGGAGACAGGGUGUGAUGAGUCAUGUACAUAAGUAUAUAGGCAUGUAUGUAUGUUAUUUUUCCGAACAAAACUGCUCCAGGGACGAGGUUUGAUUAUUAGGUCCGAGGUUGCCUUGGAUUCUGCUUUAGUGCAAGCAUAGUUGUUCUACUCACUCUUCAUAGGUUCGAGGUUGAAAUUGUGGUAAUUGGAGAAAUGUUUUCCUAAACUGACCUAACCUUGGUCCUAGGGUUUUGUGUAAUAGUCAUGGUAAUGCAUUGAUGUAUGAUAUUGCCCCCUGGAUUAAAGGUUGGUCAAAGGGAGGAACCUACAAAUUAUGUUCAAUGUGUAUUCGAAAAAAAUCUUAAGUUUGAUUUCAAAUUUUGAAGAAGCGUCAUAGACGUUUAAAGAGUUGAGCAAUAAUUGUUUCACAUGCUGAGGACUUGUUGGCCAGGGGUUAAUUGCUGGGAAAGACAAACUUUGUAAACAACAUUUACCCAUUGCCUCCAGGUUGUCCCAAGGUCAAACAAGUUCAAGGUCGUGUAUUGUCAAGGUCGUAUUGUAUUUCCAUGGGCAAUCUAAUGGUAGAAAUAAAGAUAUCUAAAAAAUAUCACAGUUUGCUCAUCCAGUUUAUAACUAUCAACAAAGGCUGUAGUACAUUUCACAAAAAUAUGGCAUCGUAGCUAAAAAAGCCUAAAAUAGCUAGGAAAAGUAGCAAUUUUCACCUGUAAUGGCUAGCUUUUGGUCUUGUCGAUUGUAACAUAGCAAUGUUUGUCUACUACACACAAAUUUGUGGUAUGAGUAUAAGUUGUCCAGACAAAUGAAAGAAUGUUUUACCAUUUUCUCCAGUGCAGCUAUCCGACUCUGCAGCGAGUCCAGCCGUGUGGAAUCUACUAGGGCGAGGUUGAUCAGGCAGCGUUGCAGUAACGCCACUGUGUUAAGUCCUAACGCCACUGUGUUAAGUCCUAACGCCACUGUGUGAAGUCCUAACGCCACUGUGUUAAGUCCUAACGCCACUGUGUUAAGUCCUAACGCCACUGUGUUAAGUCCUAAGGCCACUGUGUUAAGUCCUAAGGCCACUGUGUUAAGUCCUAACGCCACUGUGUUAAGUCCUAACGCCACUGUGUUAAGUCCUGACGCCACUGUGUUAAGUCCUGACGCCACUGUGUUAAGUCCUAACGCCACUGUGUUAAGUCCUAACGCCACUGUGUUAAGUCCUAACGCCACUGUGUUAAGUCCUAACGCCACUGUGUUAAGUCCUAACGCCACUGUGUUAAGUCCUGACGCUACUCCGUUAAGUCCUAACACAACUGUUGUGGAUAAAACUAACUGAAGUAGAUAAUGCUAAGUCGAUCUAACGCUGGUGUUUACCUCCGACGCUGAUUGAACAACUGGGCCUGAGGUUGUAUUGAGCGUGUCCGAAAACGACGUGGGAUUUGUCUGUGUGUCCUGGAGCAGUGUCAAGGUCAUUGUAUUGUCCGAAUAAUGUACACUGAUAAUAAGCAAUGAAAACAGACUAUUAUAAUUAUUAUGAUAAUAAAACAUUGAAAUAAGAUUA